CGGGCUCAUUGCACGCAGCCCCGGGCCGCUCCCGCAGCCUGGCCCUCGCUCCACGGAGAGCCUGGCCCGCAGUCUGAUUCGGGGCCCCCUAGACGGGGAGAGGCGGGCCACCGAGAGGGGACCGGAGCGCAGCCAGAGGGCGGCCGGGCGCACAGACCGCGAGCCCCGGGACAGUUACCCGCGCGCGCCGCUUUCCGGGCGCCCCGGCGCCAUGAGGCCCCCAACCACAACCCGCUGCCCCGGGCGCGUCCUUCGGAACCCCUGGAGGAGCUUCUUGCCUCUCACCCUGGCUCUCUUCGUGGGCAUGGGUCAUGCUCAGAGGGACUCGUUGGGCAGAUACGAGCCGGCUGGAAGGGACGCGAGUCGGCUGCGGCGCCCCGGGGGCAGCCACCCCGCAGCGGCUACAGCCAAGGUGUACAGUCUGUUCCGGGAGCAGAACGUGCCCGUUCCGGGUUUGCCGCCCGCGGAGCGGACCCAACCUGGCUGGGGGAGCCCCAGCAGGCCCGCCGAGGCGGAGGCCAGGAGGCCGCCCCGCGCGCAGCAGCCGCGGCGAGUCCAGCCACCUGCGCAGACCUGGAGAAGCCGGCCCCUGAGCCAGCAGCAGUCCGCACCCCGGGCCCAGGCCCCCCCGGCUCUCCCGCGCCUCGGGACCGCGCAGCGGCCGCGGGCUGCGCGAGGGCGGCUAACGGGGAGGAAUGUCUGCGGGGGACAGUGCUGCCCAGGAUGGACAACAGCAAACAGUACCAACCACUGUAUCAAACCUGUGUGCCAGCCGCCCUGCCAGAACAGGGGCUCCUGCAGCCGGCCCCAGCUCUGCGUGUGCCGCUCCGGCUUCCGCGGAGCCCGCUGUGAAGAGGUCAUUCCUGAGGAGGAAUUCGACCCCCAGAACUCCAGGCCGGCACCCCGACGCUCAGCCCAGGGGUCUCCCAACCUGCGCAGGAGCAGUGCGGCCAGAGAAAGCACCACGGCCAGAGCGCGGCCGCCAGCACCACAGCCGCCGCUGGCCAGGACCCUGAGUGGGCUCAGCCAGACACACGCCACCCAGCAGCACGUGGGGCUGUCCCAGACUGCCCGACUUUAUCUGGCCACUGCAGCCAAUGGCCCGCUGACCUCCAAUGCCCUGCCCAUGGGGCCAGGCCCUGAACGGAAGGAUGGUGCCCAGCAGGCAGCAUAUCUGGGCCACCCGUCAUCCUCCUGGGGGCUGAAUCUCACGGAGAAAAUCAAGAAGAUCAAGAUCGUCUUCACUCCCACCGUCUGCAAGCAGACCUGUGCCCAUGGGCGCUGUGCCAGCAGCUGCGAGCGUGGCGACACCACCACCCUGUACAGCCAGAGCGGCCACGGGCAUGACCCCAAGUCUGGUUUCCGAAUCUAUUUCUGCCAGAUCCCCUGCCUGAAUGGAGGCCGCUGCAUUGGUAGGGACGAAUGCUGGUGCCCCACCAACUCCACUGGGAAGUUCUGUCACCUGCCCGCUCCCAAUCUGGACAGGGAGCCUCCAGAGAGGGGGGUCCACCACAGGGCCUCGCCACAGGGCCCCUUGAAGCAGUCCACCUUCACGCUGCCUCUCUCCAACCAGCUGGCCUCUGUGAACCCCUCCUUGGUGAAGGUGCACAUCCACCACCCGCCUGAGGCCUCCGUGCAGGUCCACCAGGUGGCUCGGGUACGGGGCGAGGUCGAGGAGGCCCCAGAGGAGAACAGCGUGGAGACCAGACCCUCGCCCUGGCUCCCCGCCAGCCCCGGCCAUGGUCACUGGGACAGCAACAGCAUCCCGGCUCGGUCUGGAGUGGUUCCUCGGCCGCCACCCCCGGUGGUGCCCAGGCCUCCGGCACUGCUGGGCCGGUGCUACCUGAGUGCUGUGAAUGGACAGUGUGCCAACCCCCUGCUGGAGCUGACUGCCCAAGAGGACUGCUGUGGCAGUGUGGGAGCCUUCUGGGGAGUGACUUCCUGUGCCCCGUGUCCACCCAGACCAGCCUCCCCAGUGAUUGAAAAUGGCCAGUUGGAGUGUCCCCAGGGGUACAAGAGACUGAACCUCACUCACUGCCAAGACAUCAACGAGUGCCUGACCCUGGGCCUGUGCGAGGACUCGGAUUGCGUGAACACCAGGGGCAGCUACCUGUGCACCUGCAGACCCGGCCUCCUGCUGGAUCCAUCCAGGAGUCGUUGUGUGUCGGACAAGGCCAUCUCCAUGCAGCAGGGGCUGUGCUACCGGUCGCUGGGGCCCGGCACCUGCACCCUGCCUUUGGCCCAGCAGAUCACCAAGCAGAUAUGCUGCUGCAGCCGAGUGGGCAAAGCCUGGGGCAGCAAGUGUGAGAAGUGCCCCCUGCCUGGCACAGAGGCCUUCAAGGAGAUCUGCCCUGCCGGCCACGGCUACACCUACUCAAGCUCAGACAUCCGUCUGUCCAUGAGGAAAGCCGAGGAGGAGGAACUGACCAGGCCCUCGAGGCAACAGGGGCAGAAGAGCAAUGGGACCCUGCCCAGACCAGCAGAGAGGCAGCCACUCCGGGAGGCCACUGGCACCUGGCUGGAGGCCGGGACCAUCCCCGACAAAGGUGACUCUCAGGCUGGCCAGGUCACAACCAGUGUUACCCAGCUAUCUGCCUGGGUCCCAGGAGACGCCAUAGGAAGACCAACGCUGCCACUGCCUGGACAGGGGAUCCCGGAGGCCCGGACAGAAGAGCAAGUGACCGCCCCCACCGAUGUGCUGGUGACCCCGGCCCCGUCAGGCAUUGACAGAUGUGCUGCUGGAGCCACCAACAUCUGUGGCCCGGGAACCUGUGUGAAGCUCCCUGAUGGAUACAGAUGCACCUGCAGCCCCGGCUACCGGCUGCACCCCAGCCAGGCCUACUGCACAGAUGACGAUGAGUGUCUGAGGGACCCCUGCAAGGGAAGGGGGCGCUGUGUCAACCACGUGGGCUCCUACUCCUGCUUCUGCUACCCUGGCUACACGUUGGCCACCUCGGGGGCCACACAGGAAUGCCAAGAUAUCGACGAAUGCCAUCACCCCGGCACCUGCCCUGACGGGAGAUGCGUCAACUCCCCUGGCUCCUACACUUGCCUGCCCUGCGAGGAGGGCUACAGGGGCCAGAGUGGGAGCUGUGUAGAUGUGAAUGAGUGUCUGACCCCUGGGGUCUGCGCCCAUGGAACGUGCAUCAACCUGGAGGGUUCCUUUAGAUGCUCUUGUGAGCCGGGCUACGAGGUCACCUCGGACGAGAAGGGCUGCCAAGACGCUGAUGAAUGUGCCAGCCGCACCUCGUGCCCCGCGGGCCUCUGCCUCAACACGGAGGGCUCCUUCACCUGCUCGGCCUGCCACAGUGGGUACUGGGUGAACGAGGACGGCACUGCCUGCGAAGAUGUGGACGAGUGUGAAGACCCCCAGAGCAGCUGCCUGGGAGGCGAGUGCAAGAACACGGCUGGCUCCUACCAGUGCCUCUGCCCCCCGGGCUUCCAGCUGGCCAAUGGCACCGUGUGUGAGGACGUGGACGAGUGCGUGCGAGAGGAGUACUGCGCACCGCGCGGCGAGUGCCUCAACAGCCACGGGUCCUUUUUCUGUCUCUGCGCCCCAGGCUUUGCCAGCGCAGAGGGGGGCGCCAGCUGCCAGGAUGUGGACGAGUGUGCAGUCACUGACCGGUGUCUCGGGGGGCAAUGUGUCAACACUGAGGGCUCCUUCAACUGUCUGUGCAAGACUGGCUUCCAGACCUCCACAGAGAGUGGGGAGUGUGUGGACACUGAUGAGUGUGAGGACUUCGGAGACUCGGCGUGUGGGGCCUGGAGGUGUGAGAACAGCCCCGGCUCCUACCGCUGUGUCCCGGGCUGCCAGCCCGGCUUCCAUGUGGCCCCGACUGGAGACUGUGCUGACAUAGACGAGUGUGCCAACGACACCAUGUGUGGGAGCCACGGUUUCUGUGACAACACCGACGGCUCCUUCCGCUGCCUCUGUGACCAGGGCUUCGAGACCUCGCCCUCCGGCUGGGACUGCAUUGACGUGAAUGAGUGCGAGCUCAUGCUGGCGGUAUGCGGGGCGGCACUCUGCGAGAACGUGGAGGGCUCCUUCCUGUGCCUCUGCGCCAGCGACCUGGAGGAGUAUGACGCUCAGGAGGGGCGCUGCCGACCGCGGGUGGCUGGAGGUCACAGGAUCCCUGAGGCCCCGCCAGGGGAACACCCCCCAGGCCCCAUCCGCAUGGGAUGCUACUCUGGGCAAAAGGGCCAGCCGCCCUGCUCCAGUCUUCUGGGCCGGAACACCACGCAGGCCGAGUGCUGCUGCACCCAGGGCACCGGCUGGGGAGAUGCCUGUGAGCUGUGCCCAGCCGAGGACUCAGUCGAAUUCAGCGAGAUCUGCCCUAGCGGGAAAGGCUACAUCCCUGUGGAAGGAGCCUGGAUGUUUGGACAGACCACAUACACAGAUGCCGACGAGUGUGUGAUGUUUGGGCCCGGUCUCUGCCAGAACGGCCGGUGCCUCAACACGGUGCCUGGCUACAUCUGCCUGUGCGAUCCUGGCUACCACUACGACGCUGCCCGCAGGAAGUGUGAGGAUCACGAUGAGUGCCAGGACAUGGCCUGUGAGAAUGGCGGGUGUAUGAACACGGAAGGCUCUUUCCACUGCUUCUGCAGCCCGCCCCUCACCCUGGACCUCAGCCAGCAGCGCUGCGUGAACAGCACCAGCGGUGCGGAGGACCUGCCUGACCAUGACAUCCACACGGACAUCUGCUGGAAAAAAGUCACCAAUUACGUGUGCAGCCAUCCCCUGCACGGGCGCCACACCACCUACACUGAGUGCUGCUGCCAGGACGGCGAGGCCUGGAGCCAGCAGUGUGCUCUGUGCCCCCCCAGGAGCUCUGAGGUCUACGCUCAGCUGUGCAACGUGGCCCGCAUUGAAGCGGAGCGGGAGGCCGGGGUCCACUUCCGGCCUGGCUAUGAGUAUGGCCCUGGGCCCGAGGACCUGCACUACAGCCUCUAUGGCCCAGACGGGGUCCCCUUCUACAACUACCUGGGACCCGAGGACACCAUCCCUGAGCCGCUCUUCCCCAACACGGCCAGCCGCCCAGGGGACCGCACACCGGUCCUUGAGCCUCCCUUGCAGCCCUCAGAACUCCAGCCCCACUACGUGGCCAGCCAUCCAGAGCACCAGGCCGGCUUUGAAGGGCUUCAGGCCGAGGAGUGCGGCAUCCUGAACGGCUGUGAGAAUGGCCGCUGCGUGCGCGUGCAGGAGGGCUACACCUGUGACUGCUUCGAGGGCUUCCAGCUGGACACGGCCAACAUGGCCUGUGUGGAUGUGAAUGAAUGUGAUGACUUGAACGGACCUGCAGCACUCUGUGUCCAAGGUCACUGUGAGAACACGGAGGGCUCCUACCGCUGCCACUGCCCCCCAGGUUAUGUUGCCGAGGCAGGCCCCCCACGCUGCACCGCCAAGGAGUAGCGGCGAGGGGUCAGUGCAGGCGGUUACCUGGAAGUGGGCCCUGGCCACAGGCGGGGCCUUGAGGAAGCUCUCCUAGUUGGGGAGACGACACAAAGACACCGGGCAGGAGGCCCUGCAGCCAGCUCCCAGCCAGCCUCACCUGCUUUUCAUCUCCCCCAGCUUCGGCUCUGCCUGUGAGCUUCUGUCACCACCUCCACACCGCCAUGCCCUUGCUUGGCUCAACCACCACCAAAUGCUUUAAUGCUUCAACCACUGGCCGUGAGGCCCAGUCUGCCAUCUGUCCUGGCCUUGCUAUGGGAUGCUUACCAAAGGAUGGCCCUGAACCAGCCCCUCAAGCUGUGCAAACAUGCAAGGUCCUUCGGCCUCACACUGCACACACCCUUUUCCAGCCAUGAUCCACGUAUCAUCCUGAUGAUUCCACACCUGGAUCAGAGGCUGUAUCUGCCCUGGGAUGGUCCUUCAGAAUCUAUCAAGCAAAAAAGGAUUGGGGGGAGUUUGGGGAGUGACUCCAAUGCCUCCUCCCAAGAACCAUCACCACCACUCGGCAAAUCUGGUCUGGGCCAGUUGUGCCACAUCUCCACCUUGUUGCCAGUUCUGUGGCCCCGGGGAGGGGAAGAAGAUCCCCUCAUCUCAGAGAAACAAGACUGAUACUAUAUUGCUAGUAAGAGACACAGAUGAAGGGGAGCAAGGAGCCUGAGAAAGCAGCAAAAAGGCAAUGUAAAAAAAUAUGGGGAGUUGAUAAAAAAAAAGGGGGGGAGCCAGGGCUUUAUACAAGUCUAAAGAAAAUAUUCAGUAGCUUCAGGUAAAUAAACAUUCAGAAUAUACCCAGCAAUAGCUCCUGUACACCACAGCAAGGGCUGCCACAAAGCAGGGUGCCCACCUCAGAAGACCUCUGUUAAAUACAUACUGCUUCUUACAGGAAACAAAUCUCUCCUGGGCUCUCCUUUUGUGGACACCAGUUUGAUGUGCUAAAAAUAAAGAGGUCUAUUUUCUAGCUUAUGAAAUACAGUGUAAUCUUGUUUAGGGGAAGCGAGAUUUCCUACGUUGUUUCUUCUCUCUACUCAGAGGCCUCUGUCCUCUUCCCCUUCAUAAAACGGCUGGCUGGCAUCCCACUGAGUUUACAACUAGAGACUCACUCCAACCUUGGCUAGCUGGGAGUUUAAAACCACGGUGGAAUAAAGAAAUGUACAUCUGGGCUCUUCUGUUUUUGUUUUUAUUUCAUAUUAAACCAAAUUUAUAAACCAAAUUUCUUGGCUGAGUCUAAAUGUUAGAGAUGAGGCUGUGCUACCCCCUCGCCAGCUCUGCCGAUAGCCUAUGAUUGAGUUCCAAUAUCCAAUAGGAAAAGGUUCUUUCCUCUUCUAAGACAAAGAAAGCUCUGACUUUGCAUUUCUCUGAUGAAUGGCAAUGUAAAUGAACAAGGCUCUGUGUGCCUGAAGACAUGGAGAUGAAUGCUCUUUUCUUAAUUUAAUCUGUCCUGUCCUACCUGCUGCUCUGUCAGCCAUCACAAAAUAACUUAUUGAAUGCUUGCUAUGUGCCAGGCCUGUGUUGAAUGCUGUACACAAAUUUCAUUUAAUCAUCCAACAAUCCUACUUACUACUUUUAUUCCCAAUUUACAGAUGAGGAACUUGGACGCACAAAGCUUAAAUAAUUUCUUCUAUCUAGGUCACUAUACUAGUUGAGAUGUUCUCAGCAGACAAAAAUAUAUAGUUCUUAAACAUAUGAAAAUAUUCUGACCUUCAUUCAUAAUAAAAAGAAAUACAAGUUAAAACUACACUGAGACACUUUUUUAAACUGUCAGAUUGGCAAAGAUUCAAGUUUGUUAAAACUCCUAGUUGGCAAGCACCUGGGGAAAGAGGUACUCACGUACAUAGCUGACAGGAGUAUAUAUUGACACAACUUCUGAAGAGGAUAAUAUGGCAGUGUCUUUCAAAAUUAUAAAAGCACUUACUCUUUAAAUCAGUAAUUCCACUUCUCGGAAUUUAACCUUCAGAUAUAUUCUUACCAAAUGAAAAAUGACGUAUGUAAGAGGUUAUUUACUAUAGCAUUAUUUGUAAUAGCAAAAGGUUAGAAGCAAUUAAUUGCUAUGGAGCCCUAAUAAGAAAAAAAAAAGUGGCUCUUAAUGCCUGGGUAAGAUUUCCAAAAUAGGUUAAGGGAAAAAGGAAGGUUAUCCAACAAAGUGAAGCCUACGCUGCUAUUGCUAUUUCUCUAAAACAGAGGGGGUAAAGGAUCAGAUAUCUGCUAACCUCAUCCUUGCCGCUCCACCUCACACGCUGUAUUUCAGAGAACUCACCAUUCCUCAAUAUACCCUUCGGGAAGUGCACUUCCUUAAAUGCCGUUCCCACUGCUCCUCCUCCCAGCCCUCGCCUUCCUGCUCGCCCUUCCCGCGAUAGUUCAUGCAUAUACACAUACUUCCUUGUAUUAGAAACACAAAUGGCAUACCGUGCAUGCUGUUCUGCACUUUUUUACUUAAUACAUACUUGCACAUAAAGGGCUGUCUCAUUCGAUUUGAUAACUGCAUACGUCUCCACUGAACGGAUAAAUCAUAAUUUAUUUAAUCAGUCCCCUAUUAAUGGAUAUUUCCAUUGUUUCCUAUCUUUUGCUAUUAAAAAUAAUGCUGUAA